AUGAGCAUACCGACAUGUGGCGGUAAGAAGAGACUGCGCAAUCAGCACAUGAGCGUGUUUGCCGGCGGUCCAAAGUACGACUCUGACAAGCGCGACUCUUCUACUGUUGGCCGGAUGGGUGGGAUGGCCCCCUUCCACUGCGGCCAGCGUCACGAGCGUCGACCAGGCGGACAGCACGCGUCGCUCUAUAUGCAAUCGCUGACAAGCAUGCAAAUGAACCGGAACUCGGAUCUAUUCUCUAGUAUCGGAUCUAUGCACACUGGCGCGACGUCGGAUGCCUUCUUCACGCCUGACUCUAGCAUGGCCCAGAUCAACAUCAUGGACGGUCCGUCAAUUGCGCGCAUCCUCUCAAACACCAGCCAGUACAGCACACUGAGCUCAGACGAGGUCUUCGAGCCUGCUGCUUCCCACCUUGACUUGCCUGAGAGCGGCAGUCAUGACAUUAUCCAUGGCGAGAUCGUCACAACGUCGCUGCGUAGGGCCGACCUUACGAAAGGCCGUUGCCACGACGUGUCAGCCAUUGAUGUGAGCGGCACUCUGGCUCCACAGCGCCUAGCGAGCCAGUCGGGUCAGUCGGGGAUCUGA